AUGACAUUAGAACAAGUCCCUACGGCCCCUGCGGCCACACCGCAGCUACCGCAUGAUCCCUCACACGAGGAACACCAAUACCUCAACCUGAUCCGCGAUAUCCUAGCCCAAGGCGAGGUCCGCCCUGAUAGAACAGGCACUGGCACUCAAAGCAUCUUUGCCCCUCCGGCCCUCCGAUUCUCCCUAUCAAAGCCCAACCCAGAAGGCGGCGCCCCAAUCCCCGUUCUACCCCUCCUUACCACAAAACGAGUCUUCCUACGCGCCGUUCUAGCUGAACUUCUCUGGUUCAUCGCGGGAACCACUUCCUCAUUACCUCUUUCCGAAGCCGGGAUCAAGAUCUGGGAUGGCAAUGGCAGCCGGGAGUACCUCGAUAAGGUUGGCCUAGGCCACCGCGAAGAGGGCGAUCUCGGCCCCGUGUAUGGAUUCCAGUGGCGGCACUUUGGCGCCGAGUAUGUCGACGCCAAGACGGACUACACAGGUCAAGGUGUGGAUCAACUCAAGGAUAUCGUCGACAAGAUUAUGAAUUCGCCUUUUGACCGUCGGAUCAUCAUGAGCGCUUGGAACCCUGCCGAUCUGAAGAAGAUGGCUCUUCCGCCUUGCCAUAUGUUUGCGCAGUUUUACGUUUCGUUCCCGCCGGGCAUGAAGCUUGAUGCGAAUGGUCGCCCUGACGCGAAGGGUACUCUUUCCUGUCUUCUUUACCAGCGCUCCUGUGACAUGGGCCUGGGUGUUCCGUUUAACAUUGCUUCUUAUGCCCUUCUCACUCACAUCCUUGCUCAUGCUGCGGAUUUGAACCCUGGAACUUUGAUUCAUACUAUGGGUGAUGCACAUGUCUACUUGGAUCACGUUGACGCGCUGAAGGAGCAGUUGACUCGUGAGCCAACUGAGUUCCCUGAGCUGCGUAUCAAGCGUGAGGAUCGUGGCAGUGCCAUCAUUGAUGGGUGGAAAGAGGAUGAGUUUGAGGUGAUUGGCUACAAGCCCCACAAGAUCAUCAAGAUGAAAAUGAGUGUCUAA